GUUUAUAUUAGUUGACUAUAGAACUCAAAAGUGGUGUCCGGGGAUGUUAGCACCGGCGGAGAAUGUUCUAAUCACGGCGGAGGAGACAAGUCUCUCUGCCAGUGAUGUUAUCUCCAUGUCGGUGCACAAUCUAAUAGCUUCUGUUUCUAGCUACCGUCCAUGGUGGUCAGAAUUCCUAGCAUUCGGUUCCAUCGACCGUCCAACCUCUUUCUCCUCCGCAGCCUCGCGUACUAAACUCAACCUUUGCCACUUUGUUGUCAACUAUUUUCUUUUAACCGCAGCUUUGGUCACACUCUUCUUGAUCGGUGAUCCGGUGGCUCUUCUCACGCUUGCCUCCUUUGCGGUCAUGUGGAUGCUCCUAUAUUUCUUUAGAGACCAUCCGUUGGUCUUGUACGGUCGACAUAUUAGUGACCGUGUUAUCGUUGUUGGGCUGAUCAUUGGCUCGCUUUGGGCAUUGUGGUUCAUAAACUGCCUCCAAAGCCUGGUUCUUGGUAUUGUUACAAGUUUCUUGCUUUGUUUGGUCCACGCCGUCGUACGAAAUUCAGACGACCUCUUUGUACAAGAAAAAGAUGUUGUAAUUCCUUCCAAUUACCUUCAUUGGAGCUGACGAUGUCACACUUAUGUUAUUACGUUUACAAUUCACAC